CCCUUCGAAGGCACGGGUCGUUCUCCGCACACCUCUCCAAUUUUAUGGUCUUUCUUCCGCCACCACAUCUUGCAUCUGCCUCGCGACCUGCUUAUGCUGAGGCCUACGCGAAUAUCCUGGCGGCACACCGCCGCUCACCGCUCACAUCUGCUUCGUCUGUCAUAAUCCUCGUCGCUCCCGAUGUUGAUGCGUUGUGUGCAGCAAAGAUGCUCGCGGAACUUCUUAAGCAGGAUGAUGUUAUGCACAGAAUAAUCCCCGUAUCAGGUCUGGCCGACCUUGAACGGAUGAAAGACGAGCUGGUUACAUAUGCGGAGCUACACACUCUCAUCCUAUUGAACAUGGGUGCUAUCCUUGACCUCUCAUCCGAGAAUUGGUUCGGCGAAUUCAGCAUGAAGCUUACAGUGCACAUUAUAGACUCAAACCGGCCACAGAACCUUGCGAACAUGUUUUCUGGAGGUGAAAAUGGCGAGAGAUUUAUUGUAUGGGACGAUGGCGAAGCAGAGAAUAUGGGAGAGGAGAGAAAGGCUUGGGAAGCCCUGACGUACGAACCUGAACCUGACUCUGAUGAAGAUUCAGAGUUGGACGAUGAAGAUGAUGUACGGUCAAAUGAAGGUGAUGAUCCCCAUGAUGACGAAGAGUUCUCUGAACGAGGCCCUUCGGGGAAGAGGAGAUCAUUGGGAGACGGCGAUCGAAAUCAGGAAAAGCGGCGGAAGCUGGACGAUCAAUCUACUCGGCUUUCACGAGAACAACGCGACACAUAUCACGAACUCAUCGCCAAAUACUAUGGGAGUGGGUCGUGGCAUGGUCAAAGUGCCUCUGCGACAAUGUACAUCCUUGCAACUGUUCUUGAACGAGUGGACUGUGAUUUGCUCUGGCAUGCGAUCCUUGGACUCACGUUCCAGUAUACCACCGCUCGAAUAUCCCGCGACACUUACGACAAAUACCAUUCAAUAUACUACGACGAAGUUUUCCGCCUGAACCCGCUCCCGCCAGACGUUGCUGCUAAUACGACAGAUGCCAUCACAGCCAUGAGCCCAGACGAUCUAUCUGUACGGGCAGCUGAAGAGUUGCGUUUUAUGCUUUUCCGACAUUGGACCCUCUACGAUGCAAUGUACCACUCAAGCUACGUAGCGGGCAAGCUUGGCAUAUGGAAAGAGCGCGGACGGAAGCGCCUCACCGGAUUGCUCGCGAAGAUGGGUUUCUCUAUUCCGCAGACACAGCAGCCCUAUGCGCACAUGGACCUUGACUUGAAGCACCAACUGCGCGCGAAACUCGACGCAAUCGCACCAGAAUACGGUCUUGUCGAGUUAACGUAUCCAUCCUUUGCGAGAUGCUUUGGGUACCGCGCUUCCCCUCUCGGUGCAGCGGAUGCUGUGGAAGCAGUAAGUGCGUUGCUUGAUGUCGCAGGUGGCAUCAGAAUGGAGGUCGAGGUUGAAGGCGCACGGCACGGGGGUGAGUGGUUUGGUGGCGGGAGAUUAUGGGAUGGGGGGCGGAAUGGGGAGGAGCAGCGGGGAAAGGGGAUUGAAGUCGGUAGCGGGCGAAGGGAUGGGGAUGUCGAUGUGAACAGAGAUGCUGACGGCGAAGAGCGGAAGGAGAGGACAUGGUGGGUAAAGAAUUUCUGGGCUGCUUAUGAUGCUCUGUCAGACAUUGUACCCCUAAGAGACGCUCUGUCGCUUGCAAUGUCGCUUCAUCGUGCCAUCAUUCGGCAAGGGACGUCGAUAAUAGACAAGCAGGACAUUCGAACGAUGCGCUCCCAUCGUGUCGUGGUACUCUCGCAGGGACCUGAUCUUGCUCUCUUCGCCCACCCCGGGGUUCUCGCGCGCCUAGGACUUUGGCUAGUUGAUGCGCUUCGUGACCGCCUCCCAGGGACAAAAAUUGGCGGUCCCCAAGGACGAGGAAAGAAGUCGCUCCCAUUUGUCGUCGCUUGCUUGAACGAGAAGACGCAAACAUAUGUUGUAGUCGGUAUCAUGGGGGCGCUUGACUUUGGCGAUGUCAGGAGAAACGAAUUUGGUCUUGCAUUCAUCGAAGCAAAACAACGCUGCAAUGCGCGGUCACGCCACAGUACCUUUGAUGCCAGCGUGCUCGAGAUCGAGCAAGAGGAUCUGAAAUUGUUCUUGGAGACCUUGUGCGAAGUUGGGGAAGGUUACUGACAUUCUAGGGUAGUCUUUGCAUAUUGUUGUCCUUGUCACUUUGUAGCUGUCUUACAUCAUAUCCGCAUCAAUCUACUUGUUGUACUCUCCCAACGUUGCCCGAUAAAGCG